UGGGUACCGAUCAGUUGGCCCCCGGUAGCCCCCAGGGUAUGGAUUCAGAUGAUGAUCAGCAUCCUCCACCAGCCGGAGAGGUUGGCGAGGAGGUUGCAGGCGACCCAGCGACGCAGCACAUAGGGACUGGGCAGAUUCGGUUGAUGGGGUACAACCCAGACGGGACCAUUUAUUAUGAGGUGAUUGACGACCCAGCGAGAAACUGGGUGCUCCCGAGGGGGAAGAAGGUUGUAUUGCAGUACAAUGCUGCUAUACAACCUGUAGGACGAGCCUGCAAUCGUUUUCGGCGGGAAGUGGGCAAGAUGAUCAGGAGUGGGUCCUACAUACACAUGCGGGACGAAUGGGCGAGGGUAAAUAGGCAGAUUAAGCAGGCAAUGUGGAACGCACUGAUGGAGGAGUUCUAUCUACCUGUAUCAGUUGACAUGCGCAGGGCACAACAGGAGGCGUGGAAUGAUAUUGGACGUAAGCACCGCUCGUGGAAGUCGAGGUUCAAAACCCAACUAGGAAUUGGAGACGGUGACACGCCCGAGAGUAUCCGUGCGAGAAUGCCGGAGAAAUUUUUUGAGCAGUAUGAUGCAGAAGAUGUAGAAUUCCUGCUGAGAGAUUGGUGCAGAGAGCAUAAAAUCGCAACCUCUGAACGGAUGAAGAGGUUGCGGGAGCGGAAUGACCUACCCCAUUGUGCGGGAUCUAAAAGUUAUGCCAGAUUUAAUCACGAGGAGGUAAUUAAAUAUAUAUGUUUAUGUUUUUAAUAUUUGUUGGUAAUU